GAGCUUUCCUGGGGCCCCCCGUGUGUGUACGGGCGAGUGUAUCCGAAAAGAAUAGCAGAGAGUGAGACUGGCAGCAAAGUAAUUCAAGUUUUCCUUUAAACCACUCCUGAGUCUUGAAUCGGAGUAGCUACAUCUGCAUCCGUAUGUUUGAGCAGCAUAAAAACUCAAUCUAAACUUUUUAUUUCGGGGUUGCAAACGGAUUAUUCUACACUACGGUGGAAAAUAACAUCGGAAUCUGAAUGCGGCAAGGAUUAUUUGGGAUUAUUUCGUGGUGAAGCAACUCCAUCGAUGUGCCGUCAGAAGGAUUCUCAAGCGAAGGAUUUAACCAAGGCUGCUCAAAGUCCAAGAAAAAAACCGAACUAUUUUGCUGUCGUUUCAUGUGGUAGCUAUAGUGUAGUUAUUGGAGGAAUAAUUAUGGAAUAGCCUAUGAAUUGCUGCUCGGAAGAUAGUUUUGGGAAAUUGUGUUGCCUCUGUAAAGACAAACGUUUUCAUUGAGUUGGUAGACUAUAUGGUUGUAGGAUAUAACAGACCAGUAAAUGCAUGUAUGUCGCAUUCUGUUUUGUUGUGUAAUCUCGUUCCAUUUGACUUUGUUUAAUGCAACAUACAACCGUAAAUGACAUUCUAAUGCUGCGAGUUAGUCAUAAAUCUACGACCACCGGCUGCGCGUGUAGUGCGCGCCGUUUACAAAACAUUCAUGUUGUGCGGAGACCAUAAAUCAAUGUGGAAUCCUCACAGACCUGGACGGGAACAAUACGACACAUCCAAAACUGUUUAAAUUGUCGUAUGUUCAGGUCGAAACGCUCAGGUCUUAUACGGCGACUCUGGAGAAGCCGUUUAGUCCCAGACAGAGACGGAGAUGGGAGAAGCAAACGAAGCGAGGAGUUUCGGGACGGUUCGUGUGGCAGUAACCCAGAAAAAAUACCCAAAACGGAGCUCGGGUCGGUGACCCGUGCCUCGCCAUCUCUGGGAACUUUCGACGAAGUGUGCAACACAGACCUCACGGACAGCGCAGAGUCGGCGCCGGGGGACAAUUCGGACCAUGGUCAGGGGGAUGCCAUGUGUGUCCCCGUCCCUCAUCACCGAGGCUCUCAGUCAGAACACGAGAAUGACAGUAGAACGGUUACUUGCUGUUUGUUUCGAGACAGGGAUCCUAGACCUCGGAGCCCCGUCUUGACCCGGGGUAUUCGAAACUCUAGUCCCCGCGAUGGAGGUAUCCUCAUGGGACGGGAGGGGAAUACUGGCUCGGUGGCGGAGCAAGAACUCAAGAACGUUACCUAUGCUCUUUUGAAAAGACUCAAGGAGAAACCGCUGGAUGCCUUGUUGGAGGCGGUGGAGUCGAAAGGAGGGAUGCCCAGUGACUGUGUUCUGGUACCCCAGACGGAGCUGCGUUUAGGUGGCCACUCGACAUCUACCCCAUUUCUGCUCUGUAAACUCUACCGAUGGACUGACCUACACCACUCGACUCAACUCAAAGCGCUGUGCCACUGUCAAAGCUUCCGGGCAUUGGACAGCAGCGAAACGGUGUGCUGUAACCCCUAUCACUACAGUCUCUUGUGUGGGCCAGAAUCACCACCACCCCCCUACUCACGACUAUCUCCCUCAGAUGAACACAAGCCACUGGAACUAUCAGAUUCAACACUGUCGUACACUGAAACUGUGGCCCCCCACUCCCCCGACGUCGCGCCAAGACUCUUCUCAGGUGAGACGCUACUGUCAACCAGCUUCCAUGCUCCAGACUUAUUACCACGGAAUGCUAGGCCAACAUUAGCAUUGGGGGCUAUUGAUUUAGCAUUCAGUCCAUUGAUAGAAAGAGUGACAUAGUUUAACACAAAAUUC